AUCAAGGUCCUGAACAGACUGUGCGGAGAGCUGUCCUUCUCCAGCAGCAGGCAGGGAAGGCUCGUCUGGAUCUCAACUCCCUGGGGCUGUGUUUCAUCAAGUCCCUUUGCCAGGGCCUCUCAGGCAAGCAGUGUCAACAAGUGUCGCACCUACUGCAGAAAACAGCCCUCAAGUUUCAUCACAGUGAUGCAAAAAAAAAAAAUAUUCUCCAGCUUCAGCUGUGACCUAGUUCAUUCAAGGGCAGGCAAAACAUGCUCUCCUUCCAGAACUUGCUUGGACACGGACUUUUCCCUCCUAGGAAGACAUGAGUUUUUCUGAAACAGACCCAACUGCGCUUUGAUCUGUUUGUGGAUGAGACCCUGAAUCUGAGUCCCUGUCAGGGGACAAGGACAUAAAGACGUCCAAUCAAUGCUUCACAUACAGCCAGGGGACCCUGACAACAAGCCAGCCCUCCAAUAACAUCUCUUGGAUAAACAAUAUUGAAAAGAUCUCACCCUGCAUCAUCAGCUGACCUGGAACUUCCCAUCCUCUCGCCUUGGGCUUGCCAGGAGGUGGACUGUAGACACGCACCACUAAGAUCACGUGGCAUGAAAGGAUGACAGACCCAAGCUGCCUCCCGAGGCACACACUGUGUUUUCUAUCAACCUUACUUUCCCAGAAGGUUCCGGAGAAGUCUGACAUCGUGCUUCGAUGCGUGAUAGCUGGUCAGCCCAAGCCAGAGGUGACUUGGUACAAGAAUGGUGAAGCCAUCGAGAAGGGAAGCAGUAUUUCCAGCUAUGAGUUCUUUGAGAACCAGUACAUUCAUUUGCUCCAUCUCUCAUGCUGUACCCGGAGCGAUGCUGCUGUUUAUCAAGUCUCUGCACGAAGCUGCGUGGGGAUGAUCUGCUGUUCGGCAUCCGUUGAGGUCCAGAGUCUGCAGGACACACAAGUGUCUCCUGACCCAGGAGGUGGCAGGGAUGUGGCUGGCAAACGGGAAACGGAGAGACAUGAAGGAGAUGGCAUAAAGCACAUGAACGAGAAACGGAGCCCUUGUAAGGGAGAAGAAAGUGUGGGGGUUUGCCUGUCAGCUGAUUCUUCCCCCCAUAAAUCCAAGCACUCAUGGUCGCCCCAGAGAGAGGCUAUGCAUGACUCUGGUGCUUCCAAUUCUGAGAAUCCUCUGGAUGUUAAAGAGACAAGACAAAGGAUAGAGCCGUACAAUUCAGAUAACACACAAGAAAAUCCCUUUCAUUCAAAUAACACUACUGGGAAACAAGAUGUAUGUCAGCACAGGACAGAGCAUACAACUGAGCCGGGGUUAACUGGCGAUGGCCUAGGUAGCAAAGGGGCUAGUGAGGAGGGUGUCAAAACCCCUCGCCAUCAAAACCCCAGAGCACAGAAAUACAUCAGCUUUAGUCUCCCGCUGCCGGAGGCCUCCCUGUGUCCUUACCCAGGUGACAGCAACCCCAUCACCAACUCCAUCACCGUGCAGCCCGGCCCACAGGUUUCCAGUGAAGACUCUGACAGCGACUAUGAACUUUGCCCAGAGAUAACCCUAACCUACACGGAGGAGUUUUCAGAUGAUGACCUGGAGUAUCUGGAAUGUUCCGAUGUUAUGACGGAUUACUCUAAUGCCGUUUGGCAAAGUAACCUGCUGGGGACUGACCGAGUUUUUUUAUUAGAAAGCGAUGACGAAGAGCUGGAAUUCAAUGAGUGUGGUCUGGGUGGGUGUGAGCAUUUCCUCAGUGAAAUGGGUUGUGGGCCUCGGGUGUCGGGUGACAUGGGGCCUAUGAAUGCCACCACUGGCUCCUGUUCUUAUCUCUCACAACCCCAGGAAGUGGGGGUCAGGAGCAGCGGAACCUCCAGGCACAGUCCCUUACCCCUGCAUGCAGGCAUGACUCUGACUCUGGGACCUCACCAGGAUGGAACGGCUAAGAUGACUGAACCGGGGAGGGCUCCACUCUCUACUGCUUCCGAGGCUGUUGGACAUGAUUGUCCAGGAAUUCGGGGAGAAACCAGAGACAACCCUGAAGCAGAAGAGGAAUUCUCCAGUUACAGUCUGCAAACCAUGGAUAAGGCAGAGACAGAGGCAGGGGUGAGGCCCUCGUCUGGGGGGUUAGAAAAGUCAGAGGUGAAGCAGGGUUCGAAAAGCCUGGCUGGGGAAAGAUCAGAUGAAAAGCAUCCGGGCGGCAGAAAGGCUGCCCCGAGACCCACCAGGGUGAGGCGGCCCGGAAUGAAGGCCAAUGCCAAGAAGCAGCUGCUGAAAGACAACGCUCCAAAAGACACGCUUGAUCUGCUCCCCAAGGACCCGACUAGGCACCCCUUAACUGGGAACUACGGACAAGAGCCCACACACACCGAGGCAGGAGCUGCUGGCUGGAAUUCCCACUUCCAUGCAGAACCAUGUAGUCUGCUUCCUGCAGACCAAGACUCCAAAACCCCUCGGCCACUGGCAGACCCACUUCCGAAGGAAGGGGCCACAAGCUUGGGGAGAGGAGGGGAGCUGUUUAAUCAAGUAUUUGAAGCAAGUCGGAUAGCAGACCAGACUGACCAUCUUCAGCUGCAAAUCCAGGAAAGCUCUGGGGAGGGAAGUGAUCUCGAGCAGACGCCAGCUUUCUCCCUGCCUGCUGGGGAGGGGUCUUCAUUCGCCGGGAACACAACAAAUUUUGUCUCCAACUUGAGUGAGAUCAACCAGGAAAAUGCAUCAUUGGCCCAAUACCUGGACCUGGAAGGUUGUCCUCAAGAGCCCCAACGGGAAGCCAGACAAAGCACAGAAGGCCACAUGCCUGGUGCUCUUGGGGCAGAACCAGCACAUAAAUGGAGUACCCUAGAAGGCAACGACGAGGAAGUGACCCAGGGUCCCUCCUCAUGGCAUCUUCCUCUCCCUCCAGGUGACGGUGCCCACUGCCGGGAGUCAGAGACUUGUUCCUCUCAGUCCUCUGCUCCCUCCCUCACCUUGGAAAAUGUGGGCAGUGGGGCAAGGGGCAGAGAAGCUGCAUGCGUGAUGGGGUGUUUUGAAGCUGGUGACCAAGAAACAUGUUAUGAUACCAUGGAUCUUCCCGUUGGAGCCCCAGCUGAUAAAUAUUUGCCUGAAGACAUUUGCCCUGUGGACUUGGAACCGGCAGAAGGGCAAAGCAGAGAAUGUGAUUUAUGCUCGACUGACAAGACACUGGCUGUUCUUCAGACACAAGGUUCUGAGUCUCCCCAGUCUACAUAUGAGAGCAGCAAGGAUGGAAAGCCAGCCGAGUCCCCACUUUCUAACGGUGCCUUCACCUGGGACACAUCACAGGGGGCCAGCGUAGGUGCCGUGGGGGAAACGCCAUCUGACCUGGGGACUUCUCCCUCCAUCUUCUCUUCCACAGAACUCUACAACUUUGGGGGGCUUGGUGAGACACAGCCCCUGGGUAAGAACAGCUCCUUUGCGGACGUUAGCGAAGGAGGCUGUAAAAGCUCUGAUCUCGGUGUUCCAGGUGCCACAGACACACUUCUCGAUUACAGUUCAGUUGGGGGAUGCCCAAGAGAGCCAUCAGCAGAAUCAGCUGCUAAUGUUGAUUGCCAUCAGGUGACCAGGAAGACCGAGGACACAUUAGCUGAUGCCACCAGGGUCCACACCAUCAGUUGUCAUACCGUUUCAGCUCUCGAGGACAGCAACCUUGAUGAUGGUGCUGACCAGGCCUCAUCUGAAGCACAACAGGCAAAUAAUUUUGAAUCUCUUUCCAACAUACAGCCAGGCUGUUCUUUAGGCAGCUCUACUAGUGAGAUGACCAGGGAGAUGUUUAUUGUGGCACCCAGUAUUCCAGGAGCUUGUGGUCAUUUCUCACUGCCUGAGGGGCAGGAUCUGUGGAGCGCUCCCUUUCAGACUGAUAACCAGCCUGGGUAUAAGAGCCAGCUAGUGGAGGGAGGCCACGACGGAAGCCUUGAAGAGGACUUCCAGGAAAAGGGAAGUGAAAGAAAACAGUGCAUAUCCCAUCAGUGUUCUCUUUCUGCAAAUGAUUUCCAAGAAAAUCUGCCCCCGAUACCUGGCACGCAACAGGAGGUCAAAGCGGAACCCUUCGAACACUCCCUAGCAGAUUCCGGGGAAGAAACUGGGCAGAGCACCGACCCGAGGACCAGUGUCUCAGCGGCAGCUGAGAAGACUAUGGAAGACGAUAGUCAGUCGCCAAGCAAUGUUCCAUCUCUCCCUGACAUCCUCCUUGAAGAAAAAGAAGACGUAGGACUAGGAAGUUGGGCUGCAGUCAGCAAAGUGAAGAUCAUAACGCUGGAAGCUCCUGAUUUUGAAACCUGGCAACCGGAACAAGCUAUGCAUUUUGGGUCCAAGGAGGCAGAAGUUGGUCUCACAGCCCCUAGUAGGGGCUGGGCUCUGUCUGACAUCCUAAGAGCAGGUGCUACCAGGCCUGAGCCAGGUGCCUUGGGAGCCGCAGCAUGGGUGUCCCGGCCUCAAGCUGACACUAUCACAGCCCUUGCUGCCAACAGGGAUGCCUGGGCAGGUGAGGCACCAGCCAGAUGUGCAUAUUACAGCAGUCUGUCUCCCCAGUGUCUAGGCCAACCCAGACUCUUGGAGUCAUCCGUAGACCCUGUUGAAGAAGAGACGUUAGAUGUCACAGUCUCUCCACUAGAGGCUUCCAAAAGUGGGGAGUUGGAAAGUGUUGAAACCAGGAAUGAAGACCAGGAAGGAAAUGAGAGGAAGCUACGCGGCCCUGCCUUCUUUCGACAGUUUGUGGACGUUCCUAGCAUCCUGGAGUCCUCUGUGGAUCCCAUUGGUGGUAGACGUGGGAUGGAGUGUGUCUGGUCUGAGAAGCCAGAGCCCUCUGACUCCAACGCUGAAGGCAAUGAAUCCACUGACAGAUACACAUGUCAGAGGGCAGACAUCCAACCUGCCACCCUACAGUUUCCCCAUCCCCAGAACAGUGGGGAAAUCAUUCCAAAUGAAAGCACAAUCAGCCAAAAUGACGUAGACAGAGAGGCAGACGCCAAACAAAGUCAGGCUGACAAGGCAAAAGCAGAGGCCCAGGCUGCCCUUAGUCAAACCCAAUGUCCUGGUGAAGAAAGACAAAGAAUUCCAAGUGUAUGCAACAUGAGCCAAGAUGGCAGUGACCGAGGCCUAGGAGAGGCUGGGCAGGCGACAAAGGACAAGGCCGAAUUAAUUUCCCCCAUGCCAUCUCUUUCUAGUUGUCUCAGAGGAGCGACUCCUGCAUCUGUUGAGUUUGAGACCAAUGAUGCCACAAGCCACAUUUACGGUGAAUGUGUGCCCAGAAACCACCAACAUGUACUUCCUACGUGGAAGGAAAAAGGAGCCGUGGAGAGUGAGUGUGGGAAACCUGUGCCCUCUUCAAGUGAUCUCACACACACACCAUGCACUUCAUCUCCCAAAGGAAGUGCCACACGCUUGUCCGUAAGCCAUGGCAUUGAGGAACUGAAAUUGGAGGAGAUUCAGAUUGUGGAAACCGAACCUCUAACCUCAUCCCACUCCCCAGCAAAGAGUUUGGCUUUCAUUUCAGGAGAAUGUGAGUCAGAGAAAGCCCCUGCAGGCUUAUUACUUAAGGACCUGUGUCAAAAGGGCUCCGCCCUGGCUAGCAGGAAAAAGUCCAGAGAGGAACAGCAGAAGCACGUGGUGGCCCAGACCAGCAAGGCACCUGGGGCCCGAGCAGCAACGGCUGGGCCAGAGGAGGACAAGAAAAAGCAAGAGGCCUCAGGGAGUGGACAUUUAGCUGCAGGGGUAAAGAAGAAAAUUCUCUCCAGGGUGGCAGCCCUGAGACUCAGACUGGAGGAGAGGGAAAAUAUGAGAAAGAACUCCAUUCUGAAGAAAACGCCGAAGUUUGAAAAGUCCUUGUCCCACACUGAUGAGAAAAAAGACUCCCAAAAGGCUCCUUGCAAAGCAGAAGGCAAAGCUCCAGUGCUGCUGAAGAAGAUCCAGGCGGAGAUGGCUCCCGACCACUCUGGAAAUGUGAAACUGAGCUGCCAGUUUGCAGAAAUCCACGAGGAUUCUACCAUCUGCUGGACAAAAGAUUCGCAGUCAAUAGCCCAGGUCAAGAGAAGCGCAGGGGACAACUCCAGUGUUUCCUUGGCCAUCGUCCAAGCUGGUCAGAAGGACCAGGGCCUCUAUUACUGCUGCCUCAAGAACAGUUAUGGAAAAGUCACUGCUGAGUUUAACCUCACAGCGGAAGUUCUCAAACAGCUUUCCAACCGCACGGAAUACAGAGGAUGCGAAGAGAUAGAAUUCAGCCAGCUCAUCUUCAAAGAGGACGUCUUCAAUGACAGCUACUUCGGGGACCAUAUGCGUGGCCAGAUCUCCACGGAGCAGCUUCACUUCGGGGAAGGGGUGCACCGCAAAGCUUUCCGUAGUACGGUGAUGCAGGGCCUCAUGCCGGUCUUCCAGCCCGGCCACGCAUGCGUGCUCAAGGUGCACAACGCUGUUGCCCAUGGGACCAGAAACAAUGAUGAACUUGUGCAGAGGAACUACAAACUCGCUGCCCAGGAAUGCUACGUUCAGAAUACUGCCAGAUACUAUGCCAAGAUCUACGCCGCUGAAGCUCAGCCUCUGGAAGGUUUCGGAGAGGUGCCAGAGAUCAUCCCUAUUUUCCUCAUCCAUCGGCCCGAGAACAACAUCCCUUACGCCACAGUGGAAGAGGAGCUGAUUGGAGAAUUCGUGAAGUAUUCCAUCCGCGAUGGGAAGGAAAUCAACUUCCUCCGAAGGGACUCGGAGGCUGGUCAGAAGUGCUGCACCUUCCAGCACUGGGUGUACCAGAAAACCAGCGGCUGUCUCCUGGUCACAGACAUGCAGGGUGUGGGGAUGAAGUUAACUGACGUCGGCAUAGCAACACUAGCUAAAGGGUACAAGGGAUUCAAGGGCAACUGCUCUAUGACCUUCAUCGAUCAGUUCAAAGCACUGCACCAGUGUAACAAGUACUGUAAGAUGCUGGGGCUGAAAUCCCUCCAAAGCACCAGCCAGAAGCCCAAGAAAGCAAGCAUCGGGAAAGGCAGAGUGCAGACAAACCCGGCAUCCAUGAAGACGCCGGAGCCUGGGACGCCCACAGAAAAGAAAGCCUAGCUCGCGUCUCUCAUCCCUUAGGAACCAGUGACCACCAGCCGACAGCACACGGGCUUGCAAGUGGACACCUGCAGACACACAAGGUACAAGAACCUGCAGCCUGCAGAGCGUGUCCCGGGUCUCCCCAUUUGCUGUCUGCCAAACUGACUUUGGAAUGGAUCUCUAGCCUUGCAUGGAGACUCGUCAGUUCUGUUGUCAGCCUCAAAGACAGUCCGCUUUUUACGUACACAGCUGGUGUCUCUACCCAUCUCACGUCGUGUGUCUCCUCGCGUGUUGCACGUGGUUUGUUGUCAAGCGUGCCAUGCUGCCUGGCAACUGUCCACUGACAAAAUCUUUCCCACCUUGUCUUCUCACCUCAGGAUUUCUGGACGUUUCUGAAAUCAUGAAUGUCGGAUGUCACCUAUGCUAGCUAGCUAUUGUUGCUGCUGGAGGUGGCUUCCCAAGUGUGAGGCCAUCUCUAAGCACAAUUCACACAGCUUGGCACAGUGUUCUGUUUCAAUAAAUUCACAUUUAAGCCAA